AUAUUUUUUUGGCACAUGCUGUCGAGAGCACAUGGCAGAUGGAAUUUGAAAAAAAGGUGUGAUGGUCCAUUAGCUUUGUUAUUAUCAACAGGUAUACGAGCGUGGUGUUUAUUUUCCGCCCAUCCCACAUCUCCACUAUCCAUUACACCACUGCAUCACGAACAGGUCCCAGAGGAAAAGAUCAUGCGGCUGCUUCUUGUGUUUCUUCUCCUGCCACUGGUCAUGAUGCCCGAUACAGAGGGAUUUCUCAGUAGAAGGAGACGUCGCAUCUGGGACAGUAUAAAAUGUGUUAUCGUGAGAUGUGCAGGGAAGGUUAAUGGACGUGACGUCAGGGAUCUGGAUGAAAACAACGAUGGUGAAAUCGACCAGUCCGAGGCAGAAAAGGUCAUUGGCGCACGUUUUGCGGAGGAAGUACUUUCUCAUGCGAAGGAACAUGGGAAUUCCAAAGUGACCUUCGAAGAGUUCAAUCGCAGCCUCCGCAGCUUGAUGGCAGAUGCCGAUGCUAAGACGGAAGACAAGGAAGAGGAAGAUGGGGAGUAAAGUUGCCAUGGCAACAUGUCGUGGAUGAAUAAACUUGCAAACUGUCA